GUAUCGUGAGCAGAAUCAAUUUGCCAUUGUCUGCGCCUCCUCAUUCGGAUCACGACAAUGCACCUCGUUGCUUUCGGUAGGUCGCCCUCGAGGUGGGUGUGGCGCUUUGCCGCUCGGUCGCUUGACAUAUACCACCAGACAUGCCUCACGCUUCCUCCCUUCCCUUCCAUUCUGUUGCGUGCUUCUUGUCGCCGUCGCUCUUUACCUUGUGCUUUUCAGUCUCUCGUUCAACAUGCCGUCCUCAUCACUCUUUCUGGGGGCGAGCACCACACUCGUUUCUGCUUUGACCUUUUUCGCUGCUUCGGCUUCCGCUGCUUCUUCCACUUACUAUGCUUUGGAUACCGAAUAUUCCGGCUCAAGUUUCUUUGAUGGCUUCACUUUCUUUGAUGAGGCUGAUCCAAGUCACGGCUUCGUCACCUAUGUGGACGAGGACACUGCUUCGAGCUCAGGCUUGAUCACCUUCGACGAUGGUUCGGUUCAGAUGAGAGUCGACGACACACACACCUACAAUGGUAGCGCCGACUAUUACAACGUCAACGGCGUUGGACGACCUAGCGUGCGAAUUUCGAGUAAUGAUAGAUGGACACACGGUCUCUUCAUUGCCGAUAUCAUACAUCUUCCUACCACAACGACCAGCGAUGGAUGCUCUGUGUGGCCUGCAUUCUGGACUCUGGGUGGAGGCACCUGGCCCUCGGAGGGCGAGGUCGAUAUCAUCGAGGGUUCAAACAUCCAAGCGGCGGACCUGUCAUCGGCACAUACAGGCGGUACCUGCACUGUUUCUCAAAGCUCGAACAACAUGACUGGUAUCUCGAACGGCGAUGACUGCGACUACUACGACGACGGAUCCACCAACGGUGCUGGUUGUGGUGCUUUUGAUGGCGGGUCAGACAGUUAUAGUACCUUCAACGACAAUGGUGGUGGUGUCUACGCAAUGCUCUGGACCUCUGAUGCUAUCAAGGUGUAUUUCUUCCCUCGAGGCAGCAUUCCAUCCGACAUUUCAUCUGGUAAACCGGAUCCUACCGGUUGGGGAUUACCAUUCUCCAUCUUCAACGGACCGGACUGCGACAUUGACUCCAACUUCCAAAACCACCAGAUCGUUUUCGACACCACCUUCUGCGGUGACUUGGCUGGUGCAACAUGGACCAGCAGUGGUUGCGCUGCGAAAUACGGAGAUUCGUGCUCCGUCUAUAACGGCGACAACCCAACCGAAUUCUCUGAAGCGUACUGGGAUGUCAACUACGUCAAGGUGUACACAUCCACGACUAGCACGACGACCACCACGUCCACCACCACCACAUCUAAGACUACCACCACUAAGUCCACAACUACCACCACUACCUCGACUACCAGCACUACCACCUCUACCACCACCAAGAGCACGACGAGUACGCCAACGAGCACGACUACCAGCUCGAAGACUACCUCGACGACGUCCAGCCCCACACCUACCAGCACUUCGACAUCAACCACCUCGAAGACCUCGACCUCGACGACGUCCAGCCCCACUCCUACGAGCACUUCGACAUCAACCACCUCGAAGACCUCGACCUCGACGACGUCCAGCCCACUCCUACGAGCACUUCGACAUCAACCACCUCGAAGACCUCGACCUCGACGACAACGUCUACUUCAAGCUUGACAUCCACGAGCAGCAGCACGACCACUAGCAACGCCGUAGGAUCCGUGAGCCAGACGACCACCACCUCCUCCACAACGUCUAGCGGGAGCUCGUUCGCCGCUGGCCAAACUUUCAAUGUCGUGGUUACCGUUCCAGAUACCAAGAAGAUCAAGCGUGAUACCUACUACCUUGGCAUCAGCGCCGAGGAUAUCGCUGUGUUGGGUAGCCAAGCUAAUGCUGCUACCUUGGUUACUGGCGACGACGGUACUAUCCUCUAUGGCACUGAGUUCCUUGGCUCUAGCCCUACCUCUGACGACGCGGUUGCAUUCCUUGAGGUCUCUACUACCGAACCCGUCGAUUACGUCUGGUCAAUAGACGCCUC